AGAAGGAGGGAGUGAGAUAGAGAGAGAGAGAAAGAGAGAAAGAAGGAGGGAGUGAGAUAGAGAGAGAACAACAAUGCGACAAUGAUUUUUGUACGGUGGAUAAAACGUGUAAUUUAUUACAAAACGGGAUAUUUCUUCUGAAUGUGUAUCUCUGUACGAGAAUAUUUACGACAAACGUGUUCGAUGUUCCUUUAAUACGCAUGCGAGCGAGCAUGACUUUCGAAAACAAGCCUUUUUUUAAGAAGUUUCUUUCGUACGAUUAAUAAUGAAUGAAUGAGCGAGUGAAAGGGAGAGAAAGAGCGAGAGCAUUUUUUGGGACGCCGAUCCCGUUUAUCAUCAUAGACGCUCUGACGCGUUCCGAGACAUCCCUGAUCAUUUCUAAUAAUGCGACGAUGAUGUUCGAUAUAUUCAGAAAAAUAAAUAAACGUGUGAUGGCGCGCCGCGCAUACGCAAGUAUUUAACAGUUCGACGUCUAUGUCUCUUAGUUAGGCGCCGAUUAUUCUGCUAUUGAAAUUCAACGAAAUAGGAAAAAGUCUAAUAUGUAAACGUGUCGACGUAUUCAUGCCCUUCCCUGUAACCGACUAAAAACAUUAUACUCGUUUAUCAAAUAAUAUGCAUACAGUAUCCCGAAUACUAUCCGCCGAGAGAAUAUUCCGCAACUAAUAUUUUGAAAGGAUGAACACCGCCGAUGUCUCCGAUGCGACUAAAUCAUGAUUCGAGUAUACCGAUAUCCACGUGUUCGAUCGCAAUUAUCCACUGGCGUGACAACCUUUUAUCGAUACCAAUUACCGAUCCAAUAUUAGUAUGAAUAUAACCGCACUGUACCCAGCGCAAAUAUGAAUACCAAAGCAAAACUUUUGAAAUUCGCGCCCCCUUCUCGAUUCUGUCGUAUUAUUCGUUCGAAAGAAUGCUGCGAAACCUCGAUUUCAUACGAUGCGUUUCUGAGUUUUUCUUUUCUCUUUCUUACGAUUCAUGCCCCAGUAGUUGCAUUCUUUCUUUUUUUACCAUUCUUUGCCUACACUUUAUAGUGAAUUGUUACUUUCCCAAAAAUUUGGUGCAAUUUAACGCGUAAUUUAACCUUGUUGCGUAUUUGCGUCGACUUUUAUCCAUUGAGUACAUACAUGAAGCCUAAUUUGAAAUUUAUGAUUUUCCGUUACAAUUUACUUCUUAUUGAUAUUCAAUAAAGAAACUUGCAGGCUGCAUCGGCCGUUCGAUUUCUAACAAUUUUGUAAUCCACGGUAGGUAAAUCUCCAUUCCCUUCUUUUCAUCGUGUGAUCGAUCACUUAAAUGUUUUUGUAUAUAUUUUUAUUGAUGCCGAAAUUUUAAAGUCAUUACUUUGAAAUCUUACAAAAAUCUACUUUCGUCAUUUCUACGAGAAAAAGUAAAAAUACAUGAUAAAUAAUUCAAAUCAGUUUCCUUCCAAAUAUUUUGUGCCAUGAAGGAAUGAUUAAUAUUCAACAGUGUACAAUUCAUUUAUAGAUUAAAUUUGUAAGACGUAAUAAAGUGUUCUAUAGCAAUUAGAAUUUUAGGUUACGAAGAUUUGUUUAUAUCCAAUGUACUACCGUAUCAUCGCGUCGUGAACAUAGAUAUCUCUUAUCUCCGUAAUAUCGAAAUUCAAAUAUCAAAUAGCAUAUUUUGUUUAAUAUUCGUUGUUGUCUACAUUAUAUGUCAAUGUUGAUGUUUAAGAAUUGCAUAUUUGUCACAGAAUUACAUUCAAUCAUAUUUAUAAUUGCUGAAUGCUUAUAGUCGCCAAGAAUGUUCAGAUUAGAAAUUUAAAAAACUAAAUUUAUAUAUAAUUAGGUAUUUUUCCUAUAAAAUUUGUGAACCCGAUUCUUUGCGUACAGACUCUAUCUUUUAUGAUAUUCCAUAGAAUGUGAUAAAAAUAUAUGUUUCAAAGAAUCGACUCCACCGUCUCUAAGUGGUGUUUCAAAAAUCGCGAAUAUAGAUAUUUAUACGAAUAUUGAAGAUUUCGACGAGCUUCACAUCUGUAGGAACACUCCAUAUUAUUAUCGUGGAUGACAGAUCAGCUGAUGUCCGCUGAUGCACGUGUUGUUGCACUCUUCAGAGGCUUACUUUAAAUUGUUUUUAUGCAUGCUUCUCGAUUGUCUUUAUUAGUAUUUGAAUGGCCGUAUUAUUUACAGAUCGGCAAAUUAAACAAGUAAAGAAAAAAAAUAUGUUGAAGACUGUUAGACCUUCUAUAUUUAAAAUACACUAUUGGUUAAUCAAAGAAAAUCGUUGUACUUUAUUCAAAUCCCAUGAACAAAUUCUUCUAAAUAAAUAAAUUGUCAAAAUUUUGCAAAUUAUUUCUUUGAACUAUUUUCUGUGCUGACAAAGGAUAUACAUUUGUAAAUAUGGAAAUGAAUGAAAUUAUAAAAAACAUUUUUAGUCAGGAUGUGCUCUUAGAUUUGCCAAGUACAAAGCUAAAAGAGGAAAGUUCAAAGGGCUCUAGAAUAUUCAAUGCUUUAACUUCGGUAGAUAAAUACAUCGAAGCUACACUUCAUAAAAAUGCUCCGAUUCGUCUUAGGGAGGAUAAGAGAAUUGGUAGAAUAGGUCCAAAUUUGGUCAGAUUUGAUACGUCAAAUAUUCAAGAAGAUUUUAUAAUUUCACCUGAUAAACUUACUGUCAAUUCCAAAAGUAACUUCAGCACAUUGAGAGCAAAUGUAACUGUUUAUAAAGGAAAAUGGUUAUAUGAAUUGCAACUUGGAUCCCAAGGAGUUAUGCAACUUGGUUGGAGUACUAUUAACUGCCAAUUUAAUCAAACAUCUGGUGUAGGGGAUACCAUUAAUUCAUAUGCCUAUGAUGGAAAUCGUCUGAGAAAGUGGAACGUAACUACUCACAAAUAUGGAGAAUCAUGGCUUACAGGAGACAUUAUUGGAUGUGCAUUAGAUAUGGACAAUGGAACUGUUGACUUCUAUAGAAAUGGUAAAAACCUAGGAAGAGCUUUUGAAAAUAUUGCAAUGGGUGCUGGCUUCGCAUAUUUUCCAACAGUCAGUCUUGCAUUAAGGGAAAAUUUAAUGGCAAAUUUUGGUUCCACACCACUGAGAUAUCCUAUAGAAGGAUAUGAACCGCUACAAGCUGCUCCUCAAGAACAAAUAACUGAGGCUACUUAUUUGUUCAGAUGGUUUCUCAGAAUAAUACAAAUGAUGAACAAGGAACAAAACUUAGAUGAACAGAAUAUGUUAAGCGAUGGAAAUAUGAGCAUUUCAAACUUUUUAAUGUGUCUCUCAAGAUCUAUUUUAAAACAUGUAGGACCUCUAAUUACUACACCAUAUAUUACGGAAUAUAUCGUGGUUCCAUUCAUGGAACAACUUUCAGAAUCAAAUGUUCAUUCAGGGCAAGAUUCAGUACAUUCUUCUAUGUUAUCAACAUGUUUAGAUUUGUUAUGGACGUUUCUUGAAGAACAUGAAAUGAAAGCUUUUCUAGAAAGUACUGUCUUGUAUUUGCUUUAUAUAUUCAAACACGUUUCUUCGACGUUGGACUAUCCUGACCAAUUUCGAAGUUUGCUUCUAUUGACAAAGAUUUGUCAGCAUAUUUCAACCCGUCAGUAUUUAUUGCAACAUUUGCUUUUUGAUCGAGUAAGGUUUGCAGAUUUCAUGGAUGUCAAGUCACUAGAUGAGAAAGGCCUUAUUGAUGUAGUUGAAAAAAUAUGGUGGGAAAUGCAUCCGGAGGAUCCAAUGCUCAAAGCAAACAGAACAAGUUACUUGGAUGCAUGUGAUAAAAUUAAAGCUGCCAUAUCUGAAGUAGAAGCAGUACAAAUGAAAUUACUAAUAAUCGUUCUUGAUAAUUCCGAUGGUAAUGAAAAGAGACCAACCUCAAGAACUAUAUUCCUAAGAAAAUUUAAACGUUUCGUUCAAGACAAUUUCGAUUCUAGUCGCACACCUGUACGGAUUGUAUUAUCUUAUUUUUAUCGGCUAUUAGUUACAUUUAGAACACUGUGGGAUACAGAAGUAGGGACGUCUCCUGUUUACUUUCCUUGCAGGGUGUUCUAUGAUGCAUCGAUCGAUUACAAUAAAACUGAAAGACUGGGAGGAGUUUUAUCACACUUAACUAAAAUGUACAGAAGCGAACUGGUAGAACAAUUAGGACCUGAUCAUGAAGCUCUCACUGUAGUUCUUCCAACGCUUGCACCUGUAAUUAAUAUUGGAUCGUUCGGUCAAGGACAUUUGGUAAACAUUGAGAGACUCGGAGACUUUAUACAUGGAAGAGAAGAUAAAAGUCCACUGCCCUUAGGCCCGUUGGACCCAACUUUAUCUUUGCUUGAAUUGCUUGACAGAAUUAUUUUAUUUUACCACACCGUAGCAAAGGAAUACUCUGUAAAUCUGACUAUUCUCAGAAGUAAAAUGUUCGAAUAUAUCUCUGCCUUAAAAGACACUAAAACACGACUGGAACAAAUCAAGAAAAAUAAAGAUCCUGAGUCACAAUCAAUUCAACAAGAACUACAAAGAACAAUAAAUGUAUUCAGCUCUAACUUGACGGAACAAGCGAGAUUUAUGGCGUGGGUUCGUGCAUCUAUUUACUCAAGAGAAAAACAAUCACAAUUGGCGUGGCUGUUACGGGUGAUCACGCUGACCCUAAAAAAUGCCAGCAAAGAAGGAAACUUAUUUAGAUUUACACCGGAUUUCUUUCUCGAAGCACUAGCCGAUUUAUGUAUUAGUUUACGGGAUCAUAUGCAUCCAACUGUACGCAUCGAAAAUAUUCCUGAUUAUCAAGAAAUGCUUCAAGACAUAGCCGAGUUUCUUUGCGAACAUUUCAUGGAUCCACGUAUAAUAAAUGUAAAUUCGAAAAGCAAGUUACUUGUAACUCUAGCCGGUUUUGUAUUUAACCCGCUAACAUUAGAAGCAUUAGAAAAUAUACAGAGAGGAAGUAGAAUAAAAGUUGUCACAAACUUGUUAAAAUCGUACGAAGACCGAGCAUGGGCCGAAUCAAAUUGGAUCUUACUUAGAUUUUGGCAGGGUAAUGGUUUUGCUUUUCGAUAUGAAAAAAUUUCGCAUUUUCCAAAAAGGGUUGGAUUGAAACUAGUACAGGAAGAAACAUUCUCUCACCCUAUGAAACCUUGUCCGUCCAUUGUAUACCAAAAUCAUGUGAAAGAAGUACUAUUGACAAAUGCCCGAUCUGCCAAAUUUUUAAGUGGUUUAUUAAACGAAUUGAAUUGGGCUUUUUCCGACUUCAUUGCAAUGGUGCAAGAAAUUCAUAACGGUUCAUCAAGACCUGAGAGAGUCUUCAUUAAAUCUAAACAACUGAAAAUCUGUACCACAUGCUUCAAUAUAACCGUGUCCUUAUUACGUGUUUUAGAGAUGAUUGUUACACUGGCUUUAAGUAUUUUUAAUAAUACUACUCAGUCUUCCAGUGAAAAUUUGUUGUCUAGAUUAUGUCAAUUAGCGAGUCAAAUAUUGAAUAGAAUAAGUUCACAAACUAGUUGUUUUCAACAAGUCAUUUUACUGGAAAUCCCAGAUUUAGAAACGGUUCAUCACUUUCCAAUAUUAGCAGCAGUUAUUGGUAUACUGUUGGCUCUACUAAGUGAAGAUAUGACCAACUUUAAAUCAAAAACUGUAAAAGAGAUACCAAAGGUCACUCAAACAUUAUUAAUGGAACCCAAUUUUCAAAUGUGUUCCCUCUAUUUUGUAGUGGGUGGUAUUCAAUCUAAAAGCAAAGACAAGCAAAACUCACAGCCAUUUUCAUUUGAAAACUAUCCAGAUGAUGUAACAAAAGAAGAAAUAAAGAAGGUGAAAGAAAUGAUUGAAUAUUUAAAUUACUGUCAAACUAUUUUGCCCGAACCAAACGUUUUGAGUGAUGAUGACAAUACUUGUCCAAUUUGUUACGCCUAUCCUGUAGAAGUAACAUUUAAGCCCUGUCAUCAUCAAACUUGUCGCAUUUGUAUUCAACGACAUCUUUUAGAUACAAGAGAAUGCUUUUUUUGCAAGGCAAUUAUCGAGAAAGUUGUGGAUCUUUCUGGUAAUGUACUGCAUGAUUUUAGCAAUGAAAGUUCAAACUCUAAGGAAAUGAUGGAAUCAUCUUAACACAUCGACGAGUAUAUUUUACCGUGAAGAGAAACUUAGGAAUAAAUUUCUUUGUGAAGGUUACAAAAAAUCUUAAAGAAAAAAAAAUUUGUAUAAAAUAUUACGCAAAACUUUAUUUAUUUAAUGUUAUUCUCCGUUCCAAAGUAUACAAUAUAAAAAUAAACAAUUAAAUUUAAGUUUCUAAAAAUUUCCUACAAGAUCAUGUAGUGAGUAUUGUAUUAAACACUAUGUGUAUAUAUCGUUCUCCCUCAGUUUUUUUUACUUUAAUAUUCUAAUUAAAAUUACCUUAUGUUAUAAUCAGUCAAUGUAGUUGCCAAAAUAUAAAAGUCUUUUAAGUCUUGUAACACAUUGAGCAAGCAACAAGAUAAUAGUACUCAAAAAAUUAUUUUAUAAUUAUUAAAGGCAUAAACUUUGUCUAAGUUGUCUAAAACCAGUUACUAGUGGUGGUUCUUCUGGUUUCUGAUUUAAGUCUUCAAUAGAUUCUACCAAAACAACACCAGAUACAAACGCGCCAAGUCCGGUAAGAAAAAUUGCGAAAAUAAUUAAAAGCCGGUCUUUAUUUAGAUGCAAUUCUGAAUCUUUUAAAAGAGUACUUUGGAACAAGCAAAUGCCUGGGAAAAUAAAAAUGAAAGCUGCCGACAACACUCCUAGUAAAUUAAUAACGGGUGAAAUAUCUGGUACCAAUAUUGCAAUUAUUAAAGAUAAUAUAUACCAAAUUAAUGUAAUAAAAACCCGAGUUUUAACAGUUACAUCGAUAUCCAUUCUUAAAAGAUUUAAAAGAGCAUCGCGACCGCAAUACAGAACAAUGGGAUAUGUAGUAAAAUUUUUAAUUGCUAUAAAUAUUAUUGCCAAAGUUAAACUGAGGCUUUUGUCUGUGUAUCCUUGUAGUAUAUCGCUAGGUACUUUUCCAGCACCAAAUGUUGCAUAUCCAAAGAUGCCAACCACUGUAUAAGCAACGAAACAAAUAAUCAUACUUGUUACAGCGCUUACCGUAAACUUUCCGAGACUUCGAUCUUUCAUACAAGCAUACAUUGGUAUUGCUGUCAUGUGACUCUGUAAAUGAAAU